AAUUCGAUGAAAGGAUAAGAUUGACCAGACGUAUAUGUAUACUUGGUUGGAUAAUGCUGAUUAUCUCGAUAGUUUCCAUAGUGGUUGGUCUUGCAUCCGUCUCAGUAACGGAAUCACAAAGGGAAUUUCCUUUCACUGCUGGCGGAGCAAUGAUUGCGGGAAUACCGGCAAUGAUACUGUCGUGUUUUCCAAUGAAAAUUUAUAGUGAGGACAAAAAAUCACUCGGAGGCUACACGUCAGGUUGUUUUGAGUGUUGCACAAUACUAAUGGUGGUGUGGUUUAGUGUAACUGUAUUAGCCAUUACUUUAGGGUUUGGACUUUCUGGGAUAUAUGGUGUCGUUGCAUGUUCAGAUUAAGAAUUGAAGCUCGAAGUAUGCUCCAGUGCUGCUGAAUCCAAAAUGGCAAUCUCUAUUGUGACAAUAAUACUAACUUUUAUCUUAUUCGUGUUAUCAUUGGCAAUAUUUUUCACAUGUUGUUGUAACGCUGCAACAUUUGGUAUGCCGCUACUAACAAGUGGUGAUACUUUCUAUGGGUUUAACAAUAUUUCCAUACAACCAGAUAGUAACUCCGACCGAACAAGUAAUACCGAACAAUCGAAUGACAUCGCACGCAUGCGUCACAGACAACUGCAGGAACUUGCUAUACAGGAAGCAUUAGCUGAUUUGAAUAGAAUUAAUGACAAUAAUAGGGCUUUAAGAGAGUCCUCUGCUCCAGAUAUAAGUAAUGCUAGGCGGCAACUUUCGGACGUUUUUGUGACAGAAAUAACCAGUCCACAUUCUUCAGAUUUGAUUGAAAGUCGAUAUGAUGAUCUACCACCGUCAUAUGACGAAGUAAUGAGAAUGUAAGAACCUGACAGAACCGGUACAGGCCGGACUAUCUAGUUAAAGAGAAACAAUUGGAACCUCUGGGCUGUUAUCUCUCAUGCCCUCGGACUUACCACGUGGUUUUAGAUGUAUACAAAAACAGAGGAUGUUAUCUUCGAUAAUGUAUAACGAAUGUAUAUAUUUGACAUCCAAAAGAAAAAUAAAGUCUGAUUCGGUAAAAUGAUGAUUGAAAAUAUGUCUGAUAAUCAUAGUAAGUUGAAGAUGCCUUUUGAUGUACAGGUAUAAUCAAAUCCGAAUAAUUGUCAUUAUUUUGUACUUGCAGUUUCUAUUAUCAUAAUAAUAAGUAUAAAAAUAAUGUACUGUUUACGUUUGUAUCUAUAAGUUUGCCUCAUUUACGUGGACAUUUACCAAAACUAAGUCAGUAGCUCCUAGCGUUAAAUUACUAAUUAUUUACAUUCAUGUAUUAAUUUUAACCGAAAUACCUUAUCAAGGGCCGAGAAGAUGCGAUUGUGAUAGAAACUGCUUAUUUCAGUAAAAAAGGGUUUUAUAUAUCAAAAUAAACGUUUUAGAAAUUAUUUGCAGUGUCACAACAUUUUUAUCCAAGAUUACUGCCAUUAGCUUCAUGUACAUAAGGACAUUUAAAUAAUAUUUUAGUGACAUACAAUUUUAAAAUGUUUUGUUAGAUUUUUUUUCCAAAUUAUACUAACCGUUUAAAUAUGAUCAUUUGACGUUUUUUUAAUCCCAUUUCUUUAAAUA